AUGGCAAAUAUUCAGAAGUAUACUGAGAGCAGUAAUGUGCAAAGCAAUCCAACUGAUUGGAGCGCAAAGCUGCCCGAUCCGAAAACCCACAUUCGCCUGCUCACGAUCCUCCCAGGUCGACAGACAGAGGAACUUCGUUGUACCUGCAGCACGAUCAGACUUGAUGACAGGCCAAAGUACAACGCCCUGUCGUAUGUCUGGGGCAACCGUGAGGCAAAGGCUCAAGUAAUUGUGAACGGCGUUCAAGUUACCAUCAACAAGAGUCUGGCAGGGGCUUUGAGACGUAUUCGCCAUGAUCGAGAGCCAAUUGUUAUCUGGGCAGAUGCUCUUUGCAUCAACCAGGAUGACGAAGACGAGAAGAAGUAUCAGAUCGAUCUCAUGCAUCGCAUCUAUGGCGAGUGCGAGAAUUGUUUGGUCUGGAUGGGAGACAUAGUAGUGAAAGGGGAUAGCAGCGUCGCAGCGGAACUGGCUGCAAGAGCGGCCUUGAACGCUGUGCGCAUCAUCGCAGGGCAGCCACACGACGAGGAUCUCGGUUGGCCUGGACAGUACCCAAUUGCUACAAGCGUUGCUGGCAAUGGUCUCACCGCCGGGGCAGCAUUACAAUCGAUGAUGGACUGCGAAUGGUGGCAGCGUAUCUGGACAGUCCAGGAAGUCUGUCUGCCUCCGAAAGCCACGGUUCUCUGGGGACCACUCGAGAUCAGCUUCCAAGCAAUCAUGGACGCAGCGAGCCAUAUGGUGCAACCAGAUGAGCACCCGCAACGCAACAACAUUUUCGAUCUGUUCCAAGAGGGCACCGCCAUGUACCCAAGGCUUCAUACAAGUCCAUACACGAUACCCGUCCUCAGCAUUGCUCACGCCAGACUCUGGAACCAGUCCAGAACCGACUCCCUGUAUAGACUAUGGCGGUUCCGAGAUAGGAGGUCCACAUAUCCGAAAGACAAGCUGUUUGGCAUCUGGGCGCUUCUCAACAAGACAUACUUGCCUGAAAUCAGGCCAACGGAUUACGUCCUCGAUAUUGUGGUCUUAUUCUCAAGACUCAUGGUCAGUUUACUGAGAUCUCUUGAUAGCCUCAAGCCUCUUAUUGGCUGGAGAGGUGAAAGAGAGACGGCCGGUCUGCCUACCUGGGUCCUGGAUUUGGCCCAGCCGGAGGACUCUGAUUGCACCAGCGAUUUCUGGACACAUGAUAUUGCCUGGAGGCAAUUUCAUGCCAGUAGUGGACUACCACGAUUCAAGCCACCAGUCAAGCAAGCAGAAGAUCUCACAUUGCUCACUUUGGACGGCAUUCGCGUUGACAAAGUGGCUACGAUCUUGAUGGACCUGAGGCACACGCGACAGUCCCUUUGGAGACAGGGAUUUGAAGACGCUAUCAAGGACCAAGCCGGUAAAGACGAUAUCAUGUAUCAAUAUAACAGCCUUAUCCAGGGCAAAUUUGGCGAGAAUCGUGAGCGCGUCACGGACGAGUCUUGGCACGGGGACAGUGAGAGUUGGAAUGAACAUGUCGUGAACCAGACAGGAGACGGCAUCAUCUUGCGACUCUACGAACUCAUCCAGAACAUACUGACUACUCUGGUACCCUCACCGGUGCUGACGUCAACUAUCAUGGCCUCCUCAAAGCGCUGGCCGGCGCCCAUCCACGUCUUCUCCUACCGCGCCCUGCUCGUGGUGCCCAUCAUCCUCGCUAUCGCGACCUUCGCGUCGCUCUUCAUCCACUCCGAUGUCAACGUUGCCCUCCUCUACUCACAAUGCGAUGCCCGGGCUCGCCUGCCGGCCGUCAGCAAAGUUCCCGUUCUCGGCCCGCCCGUCUGCUUCGCCAUAAGCUUCUUCCAGAGCGCGCUCGAUUCCAUGCGGACCUUUGCCACCAUGUCAGCCAUCCUCUCCUUCAUCGCCGGCCUCAUGACCGUUACCACCAUCGAGGCCGCACGCGUCUGUAACGCGCCCAACGUCGUUAUUGCGAACCCCACUGGCCCAUGGCUAGUUUUCAACCUCAUCGGUGGAGCUGUAGUCUGGCAGCUUGUCAUCCUACCCGCCUUUUUCCACCGCUCGCGAUCUAUCCUGCUCGCUCGGAAGAGGGCCGGACAGGAGGCCGUCGAGAGCGCCGCAUCCAAGGAUCCCGACUUUGGCAAGGACUCGCGCCAUCUCGUUGUCGAUGCGGAAAUUAUCGCCAUCCCCGUCAGUGUCGCGUGGGGCUUCAUUCUGCCCUCCCUGCUGAUGCUCAUCUACAACUCCCCGGUCAUCAUCGUCGUCUGGCUCUUCUUUCCCGUCUGGGUGUCACUGAUCCGCCAAGCCGUCAGAUGGGCCGUCUUGCGUGUGCAGAAGCGCCAGCACCGCAGCUUCCACCUCGAGUCUCACACGGUCUCGCUUCUGCUCGUCUACCUCAUCCCCAUUCUUUGCUCCGCAGUCUCUCACGUCUACUUCAUCUGGAGCCUGUUUCAGUGGGACGACAGGAAGGAGAUGACACGUGCUACAGUCAAAUUCGUUGAAAUUGACAUGUUCUUCAUCGGCUUGACUGUCCUGUAUUGGCUCUUCGUUGAGACUGGCUGGAAGGUCCCCUUGGUCGCAGUCCUUGGCACCAUCCCACUCGGACCGGGUGCCGGUAUUUGUAUCGCAUGGAUAUACCGAGAUACCGAGAUUCGUGAGAGUCUGAAGCAGUGGCUUUCUGAUGUCGUUGGAGGUCAAGAAGAGGCUAACGAAGAGGGCAGAGCUUCGGCUAGCGAGGAGACACCACUACUGCAUUGA